AACUCUCACAACAAAUUUAAAGUUCCUUUCGUUCCUUUUCCUUAAUUCGUUUCCUUUUCCUUAUACAUACCCAUACUCUUUGUCUCCCAGUCAGACAUUUUCAAAAGCACAAAAAAAGGGCCAAAAAUGGGAAAUCGGAGGUAUUUAGCGACGAGCGACGACGACGAAGAAGAACCACCGCCGCCGCCACCACCACCACCACCGAGACGAAGAAGAGACGAAAUGCGGUCAACAAGUCAACGGAAAAGAAAACGAAUGAAAAUAUACGAAGACGAUGAUUAUGAGGAAGAAGAAGAAGAAGAAAGAGAGUUACAAGAAGCAAUUAAACAAUCAAUUAAAAUCCAAAAUAAACAACAAGAUAAUAAUAAAAAUAAUAGAAAUAAUAGAAAUAGAAAAACUACUUCUGAUGAUGAAGAAGAGGACGAACAAGAAGAAGAGAAGCAGCAGGAAGAGGAGGAAGAAGAAGCGAAACCGGUGGGUGAGGUGGUUAGGGUUUCCGGCAAGGGCAAAAACAGACGGAAUCAUUAUAAUUCCUUCGAAUUUGACGGUGUUACUUACCAGCUUGAGGAUCCUGUGCUUUUAGUUCCUGAUCCUGAUCCUGAUCCUGAUAUACCUCAUGUGAAGCCAUAUGUUGCUAUAAUAAAGGAUAUUGCUGAGACGAAAGAUGGAAAUGUUAUGGUAACUGGACAGUGGUUCUAUCGACCUGAAGAGGCAGAAAAGAAAAGUGGUGGAAAUUGGCAAUCAAGCGAUACAAGGGAGCUCUUUUAUAGUUUUCACAGGGAUGAGAUCCCUGCCGAGUCUGUGAUGCACAAGUGUGUGGUUCACUUUAUACCGGCGAACAAGCAGAUUCCAAGUAGAAAGGCACAUCCUGGUUUCAUUGUUCGAAAAGUCUAUGACACCAUAUUUAAAAGGCUCUUCAAGCUCACGGACAAAGAUUAUGAAGACAGCAUGCAGCAUGAGAUUGAUCUACUUGUUCAAAAAACUAUGUCUCGUUUAGGUGACCUUCCUGAUAUUAAAAAUGAUGAAGAUAUGGUGGAUACAGAAGAUUUAUUGAGAAGUAAAAGAUUACUUAGGAGAAAGAAUAUGUCACCUUUGGAUGUUACAAGAGACAGAGACGACGAUACAAGUAACAGGUCUGGGCCAUUGUCAAGGUCAGAAACACCUGGAAGUUGUAACAGUGUUGCUUCUGAAUAUUAUAAUAUUCUGGUAAAGUUUGAUGCUGUAACGGGCGAUCAGCAUCGUGAUAAGUGGUUAGAGAAACUUCUGGAAGUUGUGCAAUCUAUAUGUAAUAAUGUUGAUGGUGGGAAGGAAAAUGAUGGAUCUAAUAAACCCACCCUGACUGGGCCUGAAGACAAGAUUACAAAUAUAGGAGCAGAUGCACCUUUUUGGCCCGAUGAUGCUGUUCGAGUUGUAGCCGCACUUGAGCAAGCGUCACAUGAGUCUCUGUCUUCGGAUUAUCAGAAAUAUAAUCAGAAGAUGCGUCAGCUAUGUUUUAAUUUUAAGAAAAAUGCACAUUUAGCCCGUCGGGUCCUAAAGGGAGAACUGGAACCUUCAAAAAUAUUGAGCAUGACACCUAAUGAGUUGAAGGAAGGAUUGACGGCUGAAGAAUUAGCAAGUAAAGAGCCUGAAGAGGAUGCUCAAGUGCAGAUGACAGAUGCUCGGUGUAAAAGAUGCACAGAGAAAAAUGUGCGCUUGAUAGAUAUCAUAUCAGCUGGACAUGUUGACAGAUAUCAGCUUGAGUGUGCCGCAUGUGGUAAUAUGUGGUAUGCUUCUAGGGACGAGGCAUCCACCCUUACAAUAGAUGGGCCCAGCUCUGCAAGGACAGUAGGUACUGCACCAUGGGCGACUGCCAAAUUUGAAGAUGUUGAGAAAAAGCUGGUUAGCCCUCGUGAUCCUAGCACAAAUGGUUCUUUUAAAAAAGCAACCGAGCCGCAUGUCACCACCAUACCUGAAAGGCAGAGAUCUUUCAACAAGUCUAGGCCUGGGGAGCAAGACAACAAACAGCCACCAACUGAUCCAGUAUAGUAGUAGUGCUGAGUUUAAUCUAGUACUUCUGAGGUAUAUCUUAAUGUAGGUGUUAUUGUGUUAAAAAUCGUAAGUAUUACUUAACCAAAAAAUCUAGUAUGUUUUACUAUUAACAGAUGGGCCAGGAAAAAGCGUUGAAGUUUGUGAUAGCUUCAGUUUUUCCACAAAAUCAUUUUUGUUGGGAUCUAUAAUCCUUUAGAGACCUAAUAGUAUUUGCAGGCAACGGAUCAUCUGAUGUUGAGUUUAUGCUAUUCAACAAUAUGUCUAUUUGUGGUCACUGCUAGAGGAAUUUUUAUAGCUUGUGAAUUCUCAUUAGCAGGAGUCUGUCAUAGUCUAAUUCAGGUUAAAGAAAAAGAUCCAACAUAGAAUGGUUGCGGUUGAAGGACUGAUGACUUGUUGAAUAUGAGGUCUAAAGUUAUACCAACUUUAGAGGUAAAGAUAGAAAUCUCAACCUUUGGAUUGAAAUCAAAAGUUAAUAUUAAAAAAUCAAGUUUGAAUCUUGAGCUUUGAUUUUAAUCCAAAGGUAGAGAUUCUUUCAACUUUAUCAAUAAAGUUAGGGAUAAUGGUACCGGAGUGUAACCAACUAUAACCAAAAGAUUAUGUAUUGUAGUGACCUACUCAAUUAGCUAUGUAAUAUAUGGAGAUAUAUUUUUUGGG